UGGGUGGGCGUGGCCGACGCGGGGCGGGGCGGGGAGGGGCGCCGCCGACCUGGGUCAGACGGGCUCGCUGGCGCACUUCCGAGUGUCACCCCCAGAGGGCGCCGGCCGCACAACCGCCUAGCGUCGCGAGGCCGGAGUGUACGCGGCGCCGCCCAGCCGCUGCAGCCGCUGUCAUGAAGGCCGUAGUGCAGCGCGUCACCCGGGCCACCGUCACAGUUGGAGGAGAGCAGAUCAGUGCCAUUGGACGGGGCCUCUGUGUGUUGCUGGGUGUUUCUCUGGAGGAUACACAUAAAGAAUUGGAGCACAUGGUCCGAAAGAUUUUAAACCUGCGCGUGUUUGAGGACGAGAGUGGGAAGCACUGGUCAAAGAGUGUGAUGGACAAACAGUACGAGGUGCUGUGUGUCAGCCAGUUCACCCUCCAGUGCGUCCUCAAGGGGAACAAGCCCGACUUCCACCUGGCCAUGCCCACGGAACAGGCCGAGGGCUUCUACAACAGCUUCCUGGAGCAGCUGCGGAAGGCGUACAGGCCAGAGCUCAUCAAAGAUGGCAAGUUUGGUGCCUACAUGCAAGUUCACAUUCAGAACGAUGGGCCUGUGACCAUAGAACUGGAAUCCCCGGCCACCAGCGCCGCCACCUCUGAUCCAAAACAGCUGUCAAAGCUUGAAAAACAGCAGCAGCGGAAAGAAAAGACCAGAGCCAAGGGGCCUUCCGAAUCAAGCAAAGAGAGAAACGUACCUCGGAAAGAAGACCGCAGUGCCAGCAGCGGGGCGGAAGGGGACGUGUCGUCGGAGCGGGAGCCGUAGGCGGAAGAAACUGGGAGCUCAGUGCAUUAUCAUUGGGCAGAAAUGGAUCCUGAAAAAUUCUUAAAAGAUGUUCAGCACCUACACUGCUUUAAGGAUUUGGAAGUGAAACAUGAAGAGGAAAACAGAAAUAAGAAAUUGGGAAACUGACUAACCCUGCAAAAAAGCAACCAAAGGAACGUUAGCAUUUUCUGUUGUUGCCAUGGUCCAGUAGAGGCAGCGGGUCCUGCCGAUCUGGAGGAGGGCACCUGUUGCAUUUCUCCCAGCUUCAGAAAUGCACCUGGCAGCAGGGCACACGCACGCCUCCCCCACAGAAAGGCUUCGUUGGUUCCUACAAUGCCUUGGCUUGACUUUGGAGCAGGCUGGUACAACAUCAUUUGUCACUGAAUCUUCCUUUCUCACUGUGGUAUAUUUCCAUGUGUCUGUGAUGGUGUCAGACACGCUCAUGCUGUCCACGUUCUUUGUAGCACUGAUUCAUAAGCCAGGGCCAGUGUGAAGGUGUAAAGGAAAUAAUCAUCAAUCGUAAUGUAUUGUGUGAGACCUCUGCAUCUUGUAAGUUUUCUUUUUUCUAAAAAGAAAUAGUAAUAAAAUCCCAAACCUCAACAAACCACCUUAUUAUUUAACAAAUCCUGCUGUGUUUCUGCUUAAUGAUGUUGUCUAUAGAAUACAUGUUUGACCACUCUCAGUAUAUAUCUACACUUCUUUUCAAAUAACCCUCUUGCAGAAGGCCCUCCCUGAGCAACCUGCACAGGUCUGAUUCCACGGUGAGAGCUGACCUAUCAUAAUUUACAGUUGAUAACAUUUUACUUGGAAAUGAGAUGGCAGGAAAUUGGAGAGUAGAUGGGAAAGAAACCCAGUUUUGGAAUGCCAGAUGAUCAAGACGAAGUGUGACUGGUACAUCUGGUUUAUCCACCUUUGGGA